AUGGUAGCGCUCAAUCCCUUCAGAGUCCUCGGCGACGUCAGCCAUACCGUGUCCAAGUGCAUCUUGAUAUGGUCUAUCCACACAAACAAGAGUGCUGAGGGUGCGUACCUUCUUGUCACUGCUGCUCAAGCUCUCAAGGUCUUCUACAUCUCUACAUCCCUAUACAUCGUGUUCCUCAUGACCAGGGUCUACGCUCGUACAAGAGAACGCGAAAAGGCAUGGAAGAUGGGACUCUGGAGCGUGCUAGGAUCGGUCGUGUGCGCACCUGUUGUCGCCGCCAUCUUCAUGCAGAAGACGCCCUUUAGCUCAAAAGGCUGGUUUGAGCUGCUUCUUCUCCGCCAGACCUCGGUCCCCACUGUUAUCGACAGUUUCUACCUCGCUACUCUCGGCUCAUAUCGCGCCUUCUAUAUCCUGAACUGGAUCCUUCGCAGUUUCACCGAAGACCGCCAUGAUUCCAUCUUCCCCAUCAGCUUUACCUUCGGCGUCAUCCAGACUCUGUUCUACUUCGAUUUUGCUUGGGUCUACUGGACAAGACAGCGCGUCAAGCUGCGAUAUGGCGGUGUUGUGGAUGGCGACGACAUCAGCAGAGGUUGGUUGAUCAGCAAGGUCAUUGGAAGAAGAGGAAACACCGAGCAAGACGAUGACGACGAUGCUGGUCUGGCUGGUCAGGAAGAGGGUAUCAUCCGUCCUGCUAGCAACAACCAUCGCGCUUGGGGUCCGAGGGGCAUUUCUGUCUCUGCGGACGAUGGCACUCACGAAGCUGAGCACACGCGUCUGGCUGACCCGGCCGCCUUCGAGGACGACUACGAGGAUGAUGCAGUCGUGGUAAGUCCUGCUGUGUCCGAGGUCGAUCGAGCUUCCAUCAAAGCCAGAGAGGAAAGUACAGCUCAACAGGCUGGCGUCAGUGACGGUGUUGAGUGGCGCGACGAUCAUCAUAGCUAA